GGUGGGUUCCCAAUCUCAGCCUGACACAGACAGGGGAUGGGGCUUUAACUGGGUCCUCCAUUAGCAGAGCAGAUGAGGGUUUCAGUCACUUGCUCAUCUCAAUUGCUAAGGAAAUGGCAGAGCAUUUUACCCUUUGUGUGCAUUGGGGGAUAGAUUAACACAAUCUCAUGACGGACAGUCACCUCUUUAGUUGUGAAUCGAGUCAACAUGCUGUACUACGCUUAUAUCUUUUACCCCUUUUAUAUUAGUCAGAAGGCUUCUCCUGGAAAAACUGCAAGACUAAUAAUCAGCCUAUCACAAUCCAAAGCCUCUCCAUCAAACCCGAUCCCGUUAGAAUGCCGGGUGGUAUCUCAGUGAAAGGAUCUGCCUUUUUAAGCCAAGCCAUCUCAUCACUAAAGGCUGAAAUAACAUUGUACAGGAAGGUCCUUUUCUUCUGGUUGAAAAUCCCCUGCGUGACUUUUGACUGCGUGUAUGAAGUUUGCAAGUUACUGAAACGUGAUCCGUCCUGUUCUUUCAAACAAGGAUUUCACAAGUUCCCGGGAAAAGCGUUCGUCAUUCCACGACUACCCAUCCCAAAUGGCCAAUACAGCAUAGCCAUUGACCUGAAGAGUCACAGAAGGAAUGUUGGGUGUGUGCAGAUGGACCUGACUGUUAAAAAGAAUUAACUUAUGCCCGCAUGGGGAACAAAAUAACACCGUGUAACCUCAGAUCUUUAUUAAUAAUAAUAAUAAUAAUCCUUGCAUUUGAUAUAGAGCCACAUCACAUCAUUGUGACAUCUAGAGAACGCUUCACAGAGGAUACUGUCAAGUGAAUUGACUCUGU